AUGAGGUGCCGGAAAUGCGAGGCUGGAAAAUCUUGGCGGGGACGUUCGGCGCGGGAAGAGCAGGGGAGUGGAAGGGUGGUGAGAGAAGAGGGGGCUGGGAAGUGUAAAACGGAAAACGAAGAGUCGACUCGGUCAAAGAAGGGCGGGAACGGCGUGGCGGGCAAUGUGGAGCUAAAGCGUCGAAGCGGGGAACCGGGAGCACGUAUGGGAAAGAGAGAGGCAAAUGAUGGGCGGGGAGGAGGGCGAGAAAGGCGGCGGGCGGAAUGCGGAGGAGGAGCGAGGGACGCCGACAGGGAACGAGAAGAGGAAAUGGCGUCGCGUCGCCUCAAGGCACGUGUUUCGCCUCCGAGGCGCCGAGGCGCGCCCGCCGCAUUCGUCACGACGCUUCCGGAAUAUGACUUCCGUCCCAGGGAGCUGAUGAAUGCAUCUGCACACACACUGCACCCGCUGUCUCUCACCGUGCGGAAGCCCGCCAUGGUGCCGCCGACCCUCAAGAGGCCGCCGGGCGCCGCGAGCGGCUUGGAGCCCGGGGGCGGGCGCGAGGGCGGGGCCGCGGCCUCGGGCGACGGCGGGCAGUCUUCGUUAGCAGAAAAUGAAAACUUGAGAGAAGUGGAGGCGAGGAAGAAUGUUUCGCAAAGGUCAAUUAUUAUAACCCCGCGUAAACAGCAAGAAUAUUUACAAAAACCAACAAAAAACGACAAUGGAAGCGACAACAGCAGCAACAAUUACAACAACAACAAAUACAACAAAUAUAAAGUGACUAGAGAACUAUUCAGAGAAGAAAAUAUAAAUGAUCGAAAAAAGAGAGAUCUAAACAAGAGCAAUAAAGAUUAUAUAAACACCACGCAAUCAAUAAUUAUUAUUGGCAAUGGUUAG